AUGUUCUGUGACUCCCGUUUUGACGCAGACGCCUACAUCUCGUCUCUCGUUUAUCCCUCCCAUGCCGUGAUUGUCUCAGUUCUGUUCUCUACCCGGAGGCAAUUAUGAGCGAGAAAGACAUGAACCUGAGUUCAUCGGACUCUGAUGGCUCGACAGCUGUACCCUGGCAACAAGAGAUGGAUGCCAUCGGCCAGGUUGCAUCGAGAAUCCAUGAUCGAAUGGGUUCUGUCUCGGUAGCUGGAGAUGGAUCUGCAGAUCCACGAUUGGAUCCUACCAACCCCGAAUUCGAUCAUUAUCUAUGGGCGCACACAGCAUUGAAGUCUCUCCAUGAAGCUGGAAUCAAAUCGAUGGGCCAAGGUGUUGCCUUUUCGAAUCUCUGUGUCUCCGGCUCCGGCGCCAUCCUGCAAUUUCAGGACACCGUGGUUUCAGCUUUGACGAAGCCUUUGUAUUUAUUAACUCGUGUCCUCAGUGGGAAAAGGUCUCAUACUCGACGUCGCAUCCUCCAUGGAUUCGAUGGGUUGCUCGAAAGCGGAGAGCUCCUCCUUGUUCUGGGUCGUCCCGGCAGCGGAUGUUCAACAUUGCUCAGAACCAUCUGCGGCCACGUCGAGAACCUCGUCCUUGAGCCAGAAAGUUCCAUCCAGUACCAAGGAAUCGAUUACAAGACCAUGAUCAAGCAUCAUCGCGGGAAUAUCGCCUAUAAUCAGGAGGUAGACAAGCACUUUCCGCAUCUUACUGUGGGGGAGACGCUGUCGUUCGCCGCCCAUGCUCGCACUCCGCAGACGAGAGUCCAAAAUAUGAGUCGUGAGAGCUACGUCGAUACUAUAGUUCAGGUUACCAUGGCUGCUUUCGGACUUUCUCAUACCUAUAAUACCAAAGUGGGCGAUGACUUCGUGAGGGGCGUGAGUGGUGGAGAACGCAAGCGCGUCAGCAUUGCAGAGAUGUUUCUCUCGCGAUCUCGUAUCGCAGCAUGGGACAAUAGUACUCGUGGUCUUGAUGCGGCAUCUGCAUUGCGCUUUGUCAAGGCCUUGAGGCUCUCUGCAGACUUGGGUCGAUCAUGUCACGCCGUUGCCGCCUAUCAAGCUUCCCAGGCAAUGUAUGACUUGUUUGACAAAGUAGUGGUCUUGUACGAGGGCCGAGAGAUUUAUUUCGGUCCCGCUGACCGUGCAGUCGACUAUUUUGAAGAGAUGGGCUGGGAAAAGCCUCUGCGACAGGUGAGCGGUGACUUUCUCACAGCCAUCACCAAUCCACGGGAACGACGCGCUCGUCAGGGGAUGGAGGAAAAAGUACCGAGGACUCCUACUGAGUUCGCUGAAUAUUGGGAACGGAGUACUGAGCGUCAGCAAUUGCUGAAGGAAGUCAACGAGUGGAAGGCCGCCCAUCCCCCGAACAAUGAAGAGAUGCACGAGUUCCAAGCCGUGCAUGAGUCUCAACAAUCCAGGCAUACGAGGUCUGCUAGUCCAUAUCUCAUUUCGGUGCCCAUGCAGAUACGACUUUGUAUGAAAAGGGCCUACCAGCGACUACGGAAUGACCUACCGACCACCCUGUCAACAGUGAUAGUUCAGUUUGUCCUCUCUCUAAUCAUCGGUUCCAUCUUUUACAAUUCCCCGAAUUCGAGUUCCGCAUUCUUUCAGAAAGGCGCGGUUAUAUUCUUCGCUGUGCUUAUGAACGCGUUGAUAACGAUCAAUGAAAUCCUGGUCCUUUACAGCCAACGACCCAUCGUCGAGAAGCAAGCCGCCUAUGCCUUCGUGCACCCUUUCACGGAAGCUCUUGCGAGCAUCAUUGUUGAUCUACCGGUGAAGGUCUUCCGUUGCUCCAUAUUCACCGUGGUUCUAUACUUUAUGGCAAAUCUCCGUCGCGAACCCUCGCAGUUUUUCAUAUUCUAUCUCUUCUUGAUCACUGCCAUCAUUACCAUGUCGGGCAUCUUCCGCAGUUUGGGCGCCAUAACAAAGGCUAUCGGACAAGCAAUGACACUAGCCGGGAUACUUGUCAUCUGUAUCGUUGUGUAUACAGGGUUUACACUCCCACAGACCUACAUGCAUCCGUGGUUCUCGUGGAUUAGGUGGAUCAAUCCCAUCUUCUAUACGUUUGAAGCUUUGGUGAGCAAUGAGUUUCAUGGGCGACAGUUCGAAUGCGGGGCUUUCGUCCCUUCAUAUGGGACAGGCAAUUCAUUCAUCUGCUCGUCGGUCGGCGCGGUCGUCGGAGAACGAUUUGUGUCUGGUGACAGCUUCAUCGAGCAUAAUUACGGAUAUUCAUAUUCCCAUGUCUGGCGAAACUACGGAAUCCUCAUUGGAUUUCUCAUCUUUUUCAAUUCGUUUUACCUUCUGGUGACCGAGUAUAAUACUGGCUCCGGAUCUAAGGGAGAAACAUUAGUAUUUCGUCCUGGACAUGCACCCCGACAGCUUGAAAGCCAGGACGUUGAGAAUCCUGGGAGGAUCAAUGCGCCCGAGCCAGACCAAACUGCAAGCCAUGACGGUAUUCAUCUUUCUGAACAGAAGGAUAUCUUUUCAUGGCGUGGUGUCAAGUAUGAAAUACCUACGAAAGAUGGCACGCGGAGGCUACUAGAUGAAGUAGACGGUUGGGUGAAGCCUGGAACCUUGACCGCAUUGAUGGGCGUCUCUGGGGCCGGAAAGACUACACUGCUCGACGUCCUUGCGCAGAGAGUUUCGUUUGGUGUGAUCACAGGCAAGAUGCUUGUGAAUGGAAGAGAACUGAGUGCUAAUUUCCCACGAAGAACUGGGUACGUCCAACAGCAAGACCUGCACCUGGAAACGGCAACAGUACGUGAAGCACUCCGGUUUAGCGCAGUGCUUCGUCAGCCCAAGUCGGUCUCCACCAAGGAUAAAUAUCAAUAUGUUGAGCAAGUCAUUGACAUGCUGGGGAUGGCUGAUUUCGCUGAAGCUGUUGUGGGCAUUGUUGGCGAGGGUCUCAACGUGGAGCAAAGGAAGCUCUUGAGCAUAGGAGUGGAGCUUGCAGCAAAGCCCAGUCUACUCAUCUUCCUGGAUGAGCCUACCAGUGGUCUUGAUUCACAGAGCUCAUGGACUAUUUGUGCACUUCUGCGAAAACUAGCAGACAAUGGACAAGCUGUCCUUGCGACCAUCCACCAGCCUAGUGCUUUGCUGUUUCAACAAUUCGACCGAUUACUUCUCUUAGCCAAGGGUGGAAAAACGGUUUACUUCGGUGAUCUUGGAGAUCAGUCAAAUCUUCUCUUGGAAUACUUCUCUCGCAAUGGUGCAAGGCCGUGUGAAGACCUUGAGAAUCCAGCCGAGUAUAUGCUUCAAGUCCUUGCUGAUGAGACAAAGGAUUGGUCCCAGGUCUGGAAGAACAGUUCAGAAUACAGAGAGGUGCUUGCCGAACUUGACCGCCUGGAGCACUCCCCGGUUGAGCAUUCCGCUACUGAAGCCGUUUCUGGCGACAAUGAAAACGAUGAGUUCGCGAUGCCCCUUGCUCACCAGUUCUACCAUGUCUUGCGCCGUGUGUUCCAGCAAUAUUUCCGACAGCCGCAAUAUAUACUUUCGCGGUGUGGACUAGGAAUCAUUGUCGGCAUUUUUAUCGGCUUCUCGUUCUGGAAGGCCGAUAACUCGGUCCAAGGCUUCCAGAAUUCACUUUUCAGUAUAUUCUUGCUCUGCACGAUAUUCUCAACGCUUGUGAACCAGAUCAUGCCAAAGUUUGUAUCGCAACGUGCUCUAUAUGAGGUACGCGAGCGGCCAUCCCGGGUCUACUCCUGGAAGGUCUUCAUCCUCUCGCAGAUUAUGGCCGAGCUGCCAUGGCAGAUCCUCGUGGGAAUCUGUUCCUGGGCGGCUUUCUACUUCCCAGUGUUCGGAGCCGAUCAAAGCUCCCAGCGCCAAGGUCUGAUCCUCCUCUUCGUUGUCCAGUUCUGGAUCUAUGCUGCCAGCAUGGCUAUAUUCAUUGUGGCAGCCAUCCCUGAGCCCGCCGUCGCCUCUAUGCUUGCAAUCCUGAUGUUUGGUCUCUCUUUCAUCUUCAACGGUGUCAUGCAGCCGCCAACUGCGCUGCCAGGGUUCUGGAUUUUCAUGUACCGCGUGUCACCAUUUACAUACUACAUCAGUGGAAUGAGCAGUACCGCUCUACACGCUCGACCGGUUCAAUGCUCUGACAGAGAACUGAGCGUCCUUGACCCCCCUCCCAAUCAGACCUGUGGGCAGUAUCUGGAAACAUACGUCAAAGCCGCUGGGGGUCAGCUCUAUAACCCCGAUUCGACCUCUGGUUGCCAGUAUUGUGCCCUGACGUCGGCUGAUCAGUACUUGGCUGCGCGUGAGAUCUACUGGGGAGACCGUUGGCGCAAUUAUGGUAUUUUCUGGGCUUACUUUGUGUUUAAUAUCUGCGGGGCAGUCAUUCUGUAUUAUAUCUUCCGGGUGAGAACGUGGAAGAAGAAAUAGACUAGACCUUGAAGGGGAAAUAGAGAGGUGUGCGUUGGUGUUGGCGCCUCCCUGGAUUAUUAUAUAUGUGAAUAGACUAAGUUAAUAGAACAUACUAUAUAAUGCACUUCAUACUUAUACCUAGG